GGCGUAAGACAUGGAUGGUACACACACGCGUGCCAGUCAGUGAGGACCUGUGCUGACCAUCUGAGGCCGCUGUUUCCGGUGACUAUUUGUCCUUAAUGGAGCCCAGGGGGUGCAAGGGUUUGAACAAGAGUGUCUCCCUCUGCCCCCAACCCGAAACUAGAAAGACUGGGAGAGGUAAAGAGGGGCACACCCAGGAAAGAAGCUUGGGUCAUUUACCUUCAUAGCUAGCUUUCCCCACCCACCCAAGGGGCCAGGGAAGCAGGGCGGGGCUGGCAGAUCUGGGGGCGGACCGGAGGAGACCUGGGCAGCCCGUAGAGCGGGGGCGGGGGUAAAGAAACCUCAGCCGGGUAAGCAUAGGCAUACGCGAGCACACACAGUCACACGCAUACCCCGAAAGACACACAGCUGGAUCAGCACCCUUGUUGCCUCUCUGUGACACAUUCCCCGCCCCUCUGCACUUCCCGAAGGGGUGUGUGUGAAUUGUCUGUGUUUGUGCGUGUGCGUGUGUGUGUGUGUGCGCGUGUGUCUCGGUGUCGUUGUCUCGGAACCUCGGACUAGGCGCUGACUGCGAGCCGGGUCGGGGCCAGAACCCGAACCGGAGCUGGAGCCGGGGCGGGACCCUGAGCCCGCGUCCACGCCUCCAUCCCGAGCCCCUCUGAUUUUCCCCUGCGGCGCGGAUGCCCCAUGUUCACAGAGCUGAGGUCCAAGCUGAGCCCUCCGAGAGGCCGCGCUGGGGCGGUGAGGACGAGCUUCGGGGACCGCAGAGAUGUGGACGCUGCUGCACAUUUCAGCUUCUGCCGGAGUCUUUUGGAGCACACUGUGUCUGCUGAGAACCUCCCCUGCCGGCUACAGCGGGCACCAGGCUCCAGCCUUACUUGGCAUGAUAGUCGGAGCCAACGAGCUGCAGGGGGCCGAACAGUCAAGCUCCUGCAGCAGCCAGGCACUGAAACACAGCAGGGCCGGCACUAUGACCACUAUGGGUUCUACCACACCAGCCCCACACUGGGUGGCCUGAUGCGGCCGGUGGUCCUGUGGAGCCAGCAAGAUGUCUGCAAGUGGUUGAAGAAGCACUGUCCCCACAACUACCUCAUCUACGUGGAAGCCUUCUCCCACCAUGCCAUCACUGGUCGGGCAUUGUUGAGGCUAAAUGCAGAAAAGCUUCAGCGCAUGGGGCUACUACAGGAGGCCCAGAGGCAAGAGGUGCUGCAGCAGGUCCUACAGCUGCAAGUACGAGAAGAAGUCCGGAACCUGCAUUUGCUGAGCCAAGCUUCUUUCGGAAACAUCUCCUAGCUCCCCUCCUAGGGGUGUGGGUGAGACCCCAGCACUGUGAUGGCUGACCUGGACUAAAGAGAAUAACAGCCUCUUGGGUCAGAUGAGGCAUCAAACAGCAGUUUCCAGACCAGCAGACAGUGACAGACCAGAGGUUGAAGCUUAUGGCCUCUCGCCAGAAAACACAUAACUUUACCCUGGGAUCAGAGAUAUGCCUUUAUCCAGCUGGCUGUGGGUUGCAGGGCCUCCAGGACAUCUUUUGGCAACAAGAGACUCAGUUUUCUUCUUAUAUCCUGUCAGAGUGCAAGGAAUCUAGUCCCAGUAGAGUUGGAAUCCAACACCCAAAGUGGGGGGCAGAGAGAAGGAAGAAGGAAGACAUCUGGCACUAGCUACUCCUCCAACAAAGAUUCUGGAGUUUUGCCCCUCCUAAACCUUUGUGCCAAUUAUAGCACAUAUUGACAUCUGUUUGGGGGGGGGGGGGGCAAGGUUCCAAGGGUAUUUGAUGCACUAACUCCUGUCUGUGAUUUCCUUAGAGGAGAUGUCCAUUUAUAGCCUUUCCCCCCAAUAUUGGUGACCCUUCCCCAUCUAUAGAAUCCUGGGAAAUGCCCAGGCAUGAAGGCUGAUCCUACCUGCCCCCUUCCUAUCCCUACCCCCCAUAGCUGUGUCUCUCUCUCAACCCAAGUACCAGAACAUGAGUCACAGGAAGGCUUACAGGAGAUAUUUGCUGCUCAACAACCAAUUUUCCCCCUACCCCCACUCAAUUAUUUAUUCCCCCCCUCCUCAGGCCAUAUCCUCCCUGUUCAUCUCACAAAUACUAGAUUUAUUUCUCCUCGUAGCUUCCUCCUCCCAAGGUUCUCCUCCCAGAGACACUCCUGCUCAGUUUUUGAACAGGUGUGACCUACCAAUGAUGAUAAAUUCCUUUCCAGUGGGACUCCUAGAGCUCCCCUGUUGCAUCAAAUGAAAUUCAGUUUACACAGAGCUUUGCAAAGACUGACUCUUCUCUGAGGUCUUAGGUUUGUAGCAUCUGACUAGCUAUAAAAGUUCCAUUUUGGGAUGGGUUUAGGUGUCCCACCACUGUAGUACAUAUGCUAAAGAGAUGCUGUUUAGAAUUUGGUCAGGUCCUUGGACAAAGCUGCUGAUGCCUUUGGGGGUUGGUAGAACAGUGCAACCCUUUCAGUCACUGGCAGUGACCCUAGAGCAGUGAUGGCAAACCUUUUAGAAAGGUAGGUAAUGUGAGAAAUGUCUUCAGACACGUGAAAAGGGGAAGGGAAACAGCCUGGUCCCAUAUCCCUCUGGCUUUCUAGUAACGAACUCUGGCAAACUCUGUGCUGGGGCAAUGGUGUAAGUGUUCACAGAAAGGGCUCUGAGUGCCCCCCUCUGGCACAUGUGCCAUACGUUUACCACCAUGGCCCUAUAGCAUGAUGAUGGCAUCUGAGGCCUGGGCCAGGCAGUAUGAGGUAGGAUUCUAGCAGAUCACAGAGCUGAAGCUGGGUCUGCUCAGCUGGGGAGUACAGUAAGAGCAAGAAGGGGUAGAACUUGAUAUCUACCCUCCCUAGUCUAAAUCUUGCUCAUUCCCCUCUAGUCUUCCUAUUCUAAACUCCUUUAGAAAAAUCUCAGGAACAGAAGAGCCAGGGGCUUUCCCAUCCAGCCCCUCCCCAUCAGAUUCACUCCACAGUCCUAACCUAGAUGAUGGUAUAAGUAGAUAUAGAGAGAAAUCCAGCAUCAGCAAGCUGCAUAGGCAGCUCCUAUUCUUUCUCCCAACAAUAUGCCCAGUUCUGUGCUAGGCAGCAAAGACUGCUAUUGCCCCCUCAGGGUAUCAGAGGUGAUCAUCUAGGGAAUAAAUUAAGAAGGAAUUUAGGAUCCCUAGAAGUAGAAGGGAAACUGUUCCCCCUAGUCACCCUAAAGUAUUUCCUCAAACCCUAAUCCCAAAUCUGACUUUCCUUGGUAAGUGAGCCCUUGAAAAUGCAAUAACAUUGUCAUAGGAUUUUGAGACAAAAGGAACCUUAAGGUUAUUUAGUCCCCUCAUUUUACAGUUGAGGAAAUGGAAGCCCAGAGCUAUAUGUGAAGUGACUUGCCCUUGGCCACAUCAUAAGUAAGUGACAGAGUCAGGAUUUGAACCCAGGCCCUCUGACUCCAAAUCCAGCACUCUUUCCAUUCACUGCACAAUGCUGGUUCCCCUUCUCCCUGGAGCAAUAUAUGAACCUGAGCAUUUCCCUCUUCCCUUGCCCAGCCACUGUGCCAUGUACACUUGUGGUUCUCUCUGUCUGUUUUUGUCUCUGUUUCUGUCUCUGUCUCGUUUUUUUUUUUUUAUAUAAUUGAUGUAAAAAUAUGAAAUAAAACCUGGUUCUUAA